AUGCCGUCGUUGCAGAUGAUGGAUGCUUUCGCUCAGAUGUUGCAAGCAAACAGAGAGCAGACUGUGGCGUUGCAGAAGACAGUAGAGUCCUUGGCUGCUGCGAGGCCGAAGAGCGAUGCUGGGACAUGGACAAGACUGUUGCCGAGGCCCGACAUCUUUAGGCCACAAACCCGUGAGGACGAAAUAGCGCAGUUUGGUGAGUGGAAAUGGUCUUUCAAACAGUAUGUUCGGGCUAUCGAUAGCAACAUGAGCAAGGCCAUGGAUGAAGUAGAAAUGCAGCUGAACGAAGAGACCUCGUUGGUAGAGAUGACUCCUGAAGCUGAAGAACAAGCUCAAAAGCUUUAUGCUCUUUUGACGGGCAUGGUCAGUCGAAGAAGGACUUGGCGAUGUUUACUCAACACGCUUGCUCCUUCGAACAAGGGUCGUGCCUUGGCGAUACUUGGUGCUAUUGCCCAGUACCCAGUGAUGAGCUAUCAGAACCUCCUUGAACAAUUGCUGAAGAUGGAGGAACUCUUCAAGAAGUACCAGGUUGCUUCGGGAGGUGAUGUGUCAGAAGAUAUGAAAACAGCCAUCCUGCUACGAACUUUACCUCAACAAGUGAAGACUCAUGUGAGUAUGUCCAUCAACGAGACCACGACCUAUAGCGACUUGCGCGAGCUUGUGUUGCGCUGGGAGCGAACCUCUCAGAAGUGGAGCCAAGCUCUGGUGAAUCCUUCCUCGUCUUCCCAAAAUCUCAAUGAAGGACCUGUGCCCAUGGAGGUGGAUGCGGUUUAUGGCGAAGGAUUUGGGAAAGGAAAGUACUCAAAAGGCCCCAAAGGAGGAAAACCGGGAGGCAAAGGAAAGGAGGGGCCUAAAGGCAAAGGGUUUCAAGGAGGGUUCGGUGGGAGUGGUCACUGGGGCAAAGGUGGUGGCAAGAAGGGCCAUCCUAAAGGAAAGGAUGGAGGCAAGAAGGGCCAUUGGUCCCGAGAGUGCUGGAUGAAGAAUCAGGUGAAUCAAGUCGCAGAGCCCAAUGUCUCGAACUCUUUGCUCUCGGGGCAUCCUGCUUCCUCGUCUUCGGCACAGACCUCAACAGCCCAAACCUCCCAAGCCUCUCAGAGUUCCCGAGCCAAUGUGAAGCGAGUGUUCAAUCUUGCCGCCGCUGAUGAGAGUUGCUGUAAGCCCGUGUUUGAGCAGUUCGAUUUGGAGAGUGGAGAGCAUCGCUUUCAAGAGGAUGAGGACACAUGGUGGGUGAAUGUGGUUCAUGCAGUGUAUUAUGAUCUUGACGAAGAAGAUUGCGAUUGUGAAGCCUAUCCCGAAGAAGCUUGUGAGGGUUUCGAUAUGUCUCAAAGUGAUGCUCUGCCAGGUGACGAAGACUGGGUGGAGUACAUGAAGGUCUUUGGAGUUGACGGCUUCGAGAGCGACUGGAACGAAUUGGGAGGAGAUCCCGAAGGCCAUGCGCGCCAGGGCAUUGGAGCAGUAGUGGAAUCACCUGGACAUGUCGUCAUGAGCGAUGCACAGGGCAAUGCUAUGGAGAAUCAUGGGUCUCGAUUCGUGAAUCUUGAUCUGGGUCCGGCUGUGAUCCAAGAAGAGUUCUUCGCCUCCUCCGUGAAGUCUCCUUUGCUUAGCCUGGGCAAGCUCAUGCGAAAAGGAUGGACCUUAGAGCAUCGAGAUUCGCAUCUAUGCUUGGUGUAUCAAGAAGUACAAGUACCUGUGUCAUUUCGGAGGAAUAGUCUGAUGAUUCAAGCUCAAGUUUCGGUAGUCCAUGCUGUUCCGCAGGCGAUUCCACCGAGUACCACACCUUCGCUUUCCUUGGGUUCUGAAGAGCAACAUGGAGAAGAGCUCUCAGCAAAGGUGCAACCGGUUUCGGAAGGGCGAGUCUUCGUUAAGUUUGGAUUUGACUUCGAGGCAAUCAGCACGCAUUCAGAACCUAGAUAUGAUGAACAUGGAAAUGCCUGGCACUUCGCACCCAAUGGAGAUCCUUUCUGCUUGAGUGAGGGAACCACGUUUGUGUACCCUGAAGACCUGAUGGCCCCCAAGUUGUGGAAGUUUCGCACCACCAUUGUACGAGUCGGAGACGUCUGGGAGCUUAUAGGUUUCCAGCAGCCCUUAGAUGCAAGCGAAAACCUACACGAGUUGCUGCCUGGAGUGAUUUAUUCCAGCUCGAUGGUUACGAUCAUGCACCGCGCGAAAGGGAUGCCUGAUCAAGUCGGUUUGUCCUUCGAAAAGCAAGAAUUUCCACCCGUACCUAUGCAAGUUGAAGUCCCUUCGGUCGAUCCAAGUUCUGCCCUUCCAGGAAUGGCUGAACCACCUGCGGAAGUACCAGAACCCCAGGAUGCUGAAGAUGCAGAUCGUCCUGCGUUCGAAAGUGAACAUGAAGUUCCGAUGGCCCCUGGUGUGCAAGUUCAGGUCCCAAUGCCCGAGUCCAUAGAAGUAGAAGGAGUCACUUUGACAUCCGAGUCUACUGCUGCUGAACUGAAGAGAGCAUGUAGGGCGUUGGGUGUGGGAGCUACAGGGUCAAAGACGGUUCUCUUUCGCCGGCUGGUGAAGUACAUGAAGAGAAAAGAAGCAGAAGCGACCCUUAGUUUGCAAGAGGCCGCUCGAUGUGCGGAACGGAUUCCGGUAGAAGAAAAAGUUCCCAAAGGUCCCACUCCUGAAGAAGAAGCACGACACAAUUUGACUCACAUCCCUUUUGCAAAAUGGUGCCCUAUUUGUGUGUCCACACGUUCGCGGAGAGACUCACAUGUUCAAGGAAGCGAGGCACAUCGAAGUCGCAGUGAAGUCCCGACGAUUGCAUUAGAUUUCUUUUAUGCCGAUGUUGAUGGGGGUGAUCUUCAUUUCAUGCAGAAAGAGAAGAAGAGAGGGAGCGAGAAAGGGCUUGUUUUGGCUUGCGUCUGUUCGGGAACGGGAAUGCUUCGAGCAAUUCCUCUUCCAAGCAAAGAAAGAAGUUCCCUGCAGUAUGCUGCCAGAGAAGUGUUGAGCUUCAUUUCUUAUCUUGGCUACAGUGAAGUAUCCGUCAGAGGAGACAAUGAGCCUUCUAUGACCCUUCUGGUAGACAAAGUGGUCCAAGCGCGAACCCAAGUCGGACUUCGGACCACUAAGAGCCCCAGCCAGCCCUAUGAGCACCAGACGAACGGUUUGGCCGAGCAGGCCAUUCAGUCCUUGAGAGACAUAGGGACCUCUUUGCUGUGGCAGGUGAAGGAGAGAUCAGGGUUCGAGCUCUGCACCGAUAGUGACCUCACUUCAUGGGCUUACAUCCAUGCAUCUUUCCUCCACAACUGCUUCGCCGUGCAAGCCGGAACAACGGCCUACGAAAGGGCCUUCCAUGUUAGGUACCAGGGUAAACUGGCGCAGUUUGGGGAGACGGUUUAUUUCGCUUUGGCUGCUCCAAGUGUGAAGAAAGGAAGACCCAAGUUCAUCAAAGGGAUAUUCAUUGGAAAGAGCCUGCAGAACGACUCGUACCUGUGUGCCACGGCUUUAGGAGUUUAUGUGUCUUCAACGAUCCGAAGGUUGCCUUCCGCUCAACAAUGGGAUAAGGUCCUCCUGAAGGAGAUCAAGGGGAAACCUUGGAAGUACGGCCUAGGGCAACUUGGGACACAGUUGGUUCCAGGGUUGAAAGAGCGGAAACCAGUGCCGAUUGAGUCUAUGCCACUCCCAUUGCCUCUGACAUCUACACCUCCAAAUCUCCCACCACUGAGUGGUGAAGCAGGGCCGAACCUUCCAACUACCCAAGAGAGUCCAAGAUCAGAGGGAUCCACAGAUGCCACACCUCCUUCGUUGUCUUCUUCUUCCCAAAGUCGUGAAGAGAAUGGGCCAGGAGGGGAUCCUGGGACGAACUCAGGUGAACCAUCCGGGUCACGUGAAGGAUCUGCGCCGCCACAAGAUGAGGCGCAAUCUGAGCCACAAGCUGGAACGGGAUCUGAGCAGAUGGACCUGGAGCCAGAGAGAGGAACCAAACGAGCACUACAGGCUCCUCCUCUGUAUGCAGGUGAACCUUCCAAGAAAGUGAGAGCCGUGAGGGUUGGCGAUGAGCAGUACUAUGUUGCAGAAGAUUCCCUAGACGAUUGGCUGCAUAAUGUUUCUUUAGACGAACAAUUCCUUGAGCAUGACCUUCCUGACUUCAAUCCUGAGCAUGACUUGGAGCCUUUGUGGGAUUGGGGUUCAGAAGAACAAGGGCCACCAGUUUUGGGAGAAGAAGAGAUGGAACAGGUGGAGCAACAGUCUAGAGAGACAGAGUUGCGCCGGCUUUUGCAAAUGUCCGUCUUGAAGCCUGUGGACUUCGAACCACCUCCUCACAAGACCCUGAAGACAAGGUAUGUGUACGACUGGAGAUACCGUGGUGAAUGGAAACGGCGAGCCCGCUUGGUUUGCAAACAACUUAGGAUAUGGGAUCCUUUUCGUCAAGACACAUUCUCUCCCGCGACAUGUCCCUCCAUGAUUCGCCUUCUCCCACAUAUGUAUGCGUCGACACCCCAGUGGACUUUGCGAUCCUUCGAUGUGAAAGAUGCGUAUUUGACUGUCAUGCAGAAGGAAGAGCUUUUCAUAUACUUAGACAAUGUGCCGUAUCGAGUCUUGAAGUGCCUCCCAGGCCAGCAGGAUGCCGCUGCUCAAUGGAACGAACAGAUCAGUGGAGACUUGAAGAAAUGCUCGUUGACCCCAAAUCAAGCAUGUCCGGUGGUGUAUGCUGGAAAGAAUUGCGGAGUCACUUUGCAUGUUGAUGAUGGCUUGGUUGGGGGCUGGGAAGAUCGAGUGAAUGGUGUCGUGGACACUUUAAGCGAGAAGUAUGACCUCACAGUUUCUCCGCCACUCAAGAAAGUGGGUGACCAACUGAGGUUCCUGAAGCGCACGCUUGAAGUAGUACCUCAAGGCUUGAAAGUGAUCAUCGAUCCAAAGUACAUAGAGAAGAUGAUAGGCUUGCUCAACCUGACACAUGUCCGAACCCGGAAGGUGCCUUCGACCCACGAGAUCACCACUGCCGAUGACUCUGAGCCUCUUUCGGAUGCAGAUGCUUCAGUGUAUCGUGCAGUCCUAGGGUGCAUGCUAUACGUAGCCCCUGACAGACCCGAUUGUCAACAUACCAUCUCUCUUCUUGCGCGAGGCAUGGCCACACCCACAGAGCGACAGUUUCGACACUUGCGGUAUUUGGCGGAGUACAUGUACACCACACGUGACUACUUCCUCAUCCUUCAUUGGUCGUACCCAGGUAAAUCUUUCCUGAACGAGCGAUUGGUGGAGACCAGGCCUUCCAUGGAAGAAGGCAAGCCCCGACUACUUGAGGCGGUCAGUGACUCGGACUGGGCUGGAGUGAGUGAUCGACAUAGCAUUUCAUGUGGCCAGCUGUUCCUGGAUGGCAACUUGAUGUUCAGCUACAGUCGUAGACAAACCACUAUAGCAUUAUCAUCCUGCGAGUCAGAGCUUAUGGCAGCUACUGGCGCCAUUGCGGAGGGCCUCUUCUUGAAAUGCAUCAUCGAGAGUUUGUGCGAGUUUGGUGUGAACAUGCUUAUCAGGUUAGACUCUUCCUCAGCAAGGAUGUUGCUGACGAAGGCAGGAGUGUCGCGCAUAAGACACCUUGAUGUGCGUCUCCUAUGGACGCAGGGGCUUAUGCGCAGUGGCUGUUUGCAAGCGUCACCGAUACACACUCGGGACAACACAUCAGAUAUUGGAACUAAGCCGUUACCUUCACAACGUACAAGGUUUCUGAUGGGCAAAUUGGGGUACUACAAUCACGAUGGUCGUUUAGGAUCCCAAGAAGCUUUGCAAAAGAGUGCCCUGAAAGCAGAUGUUCGUUUGGUCAAAAUGGCGGUCACGAUUGCCUUAGCGGCUUUGGGCCAUGGUGCGGAAAUUCAAGAGCCUUUGGAGGCACAGCCUGUGCUUGAGUCCCAUGAGUCUUGGGCAAGUUGUGUGUGCAAUGUCUUCUGGGCAAGCCUUGUGAUGAUCAUAAGCUUCGUGGAAGAAACCUUCGAGUUUGUGAGCGAGUUCGAGAUCUUUUGGAGCUAUAGGCUAAGAGAACUUGGGGAGCUGAAAGUGAGAGAAGUGCACCACGAGAAGUUCAACAUCGAGAUCUACGUCCUGGAGAUGCACCACGAGAAGUUCCUCCACAUCGAGAUCUUGUACCUGAAGAUGUACAUCAACUUCAUCGUCAACAUCAAGGGCAAGAUGCAGCACUGCGAGCUACGACCAGAACACCUUGGCGAGUUGAGAAUGACUUUCUGA